AUGACCGCCCCAACGCCUAACCCCUCAACUCUUCCGAUAACAACCCAUCACUGCCGCUUUUGUGCGACACUUUUAAUUGCCACGACGCGCGACGUGAGCGCCCUCCCAACGCGAAGCAAGAACGCCGCGGACGGUGCACGGAUCCUACCAUUACGCUCGUACGAACUUCCCCAGGAUAUCCGGACAGCGGAAGCCUCAGCAUCAACUUCCGAACAAUUAGAGAACACAGAGCAAGAACAAAUACAGAAACACUACACGAUUCUACUUGCGACGAAUAGCCGUGACCGCAAACCAACGCUCAUCCGGCGCAGCGACGGGUUCGAGAAGAGGUUCUUUCUACGGUGUGGGCGGUGCAGGAUUCCCGUUGGGUACUUUUUGGAUGAGGUACACUUUCCAGUUUCAGGGGGGCUGAAGGGUGCGGCGGCUGGGCCUGGAUUAGAUAGCGCCGGCGUGCAGGGAGGGGAAGGGGUAGACCGAGCUGUUUAUUUGCUUCCUGGGGCACUAAUGGAGACGGAGAUCAUGAGUGAUGAGGAGAAGAUGAAAGCGAUUGAUCGAGAGUGGGGACACUGGUUCAAAUGA